GAUCAGUUAACCGCUAGUCACCCGCGCGCGCGGUGUUCGUUAGUAGCGUUGUUGCGCGCCGUUGACAGAAAAUUCGCAUCGUGCCAAAGUGUUUCCUUUAUUUUCGCAAUUGGCAUAGUGUAAAUGAAGGUGCCAUAUAUGAUAAAUGAAUCUAAAACACAAAAGUGACUGUGACAAUAAGCCGGUUGUUAAUUGGCUGCAAAAUGAAUUCCAGCAAAGAGGCGAAGAGCGCCACGAAGGGACUAAAGAAGUUACAAAAGACAAACAAAAAGCAGCAACAGAAGCAACAGCUGCAGCAGCAACAGCAACAACAACAGCAGCAGCAGCCGCAGCAAACCAUAAAUAGCAAUAAGAACGGGAUUUGUAAAGCUGCCACGAAUGCAAAACUCAAACCAAACGAUCCAAAGGCCAAUAAUCGCAGCAACAACAACAAUAACAACAACAACAUUAGCAGCAACAACUACAACAUGGUGCAAAAGCAUAACAACUCGCAAUCUUUGAGUGGAGCAACUGAAGCAGCGACACCAAACAUUACGCAAAUGUUUAAGGAACAGUACGAUGCAGAGCGACGUGCCACAAUGUCGCAGGUGGAGUCACUGCCCAAAAUGGAGCGUACGCAUAGCUUUCGCAUGAAGAUGUCCAAGUUCUUUAACAACUUCACUGGCAGCAAGGAGAAUCUGGCGCGCAGCGAUGAGUCCAAAGAUGAACCGGGCAAGACCCCGUUUACGUUUACGCGCAGUCGUUCGAUGAUUUUGCUGCGCAGGCCUAAUCGGCGCAGCUUUAUUGAGCCGCAGCUGGAGCAGCUGUCGGAGGAAGCCGAGAAGUCGGGUGAUCCCAUGUCGCCAGCGUCGCCGCGCAAGAAUUCGCUGGCCGAGGACGGCGCAGCCAAUAGCACCUGUUCGCCCAUACUGCGUCGCCGUGCGGAUACCUCCAGCUCAGUAAAGACGCCAGCUCGCCGACAAUCGGCACAGGCUCUGACCUCAACGCCAGUUGAGGACUCCUCGGAGUCAGCCAUGCAACGCAAGCCAUCGCUUAUAUCCCUGACACCUGCCGACAGCAACUACAAUCCGCAGCUUAACUUUCAGAAACGUCGCUCCAGCACGCUCAUCGCUUCGUUCAAGAGCACGCUGAUUGGAUUGACGGAAAAGCAAGAGAAAAAGGAGAAAAAAGACAAAAAAGAUAAGCUGAAUCCCAAGUGGAGCGCCUCGCUGCAAUCGCUGCAAGCCAUUGACAAUAUGGUCAGCUAUGCCAAUAUGUCAUUCAUUGACUACGACAAGUUCAAUGGCUAUGAGAAGCAACUGGAGCGCCAGCAGUCCAUCAUGAGUCUAGCCGAGCAGAUGCCACCCGCCCAUUCGCUCCAAUUGCCAUUAGCCACAACUGCCAGCCAUGCCCACGCCCACUACUCGCAAUCCCACUCACCCUCGCCCCUAGGCGAACCCAAUGGGAGUGCAGUUGGAGCCGGAGCUGUCAGUCUGCCAUUACCGCGCACGCCCUCCUUCGUCGGCUCCUCUUCCAUGGAGAGCUCACCGAGGACAGUGGUGAUGCGUCGCAAACGAAGCAGCAGCUCAGCGCUCGCUCGCCAGCAAUCCGCCUCGACGCGCAACAGCAGUCAAAGCUCCUUUAAUCUGGAUACGGACUUCGAGCACAAUUUGGACAGGGUUCAAAAUGUCUACCGCGAAAGCCUGGACUCGCGAACACUGGAGCUGCUCAAUCAGCGUUCGCGCAACUCCUUCAUUCAGGACCAGCCAAUGCUACUCGACGCCCUCAAUCUGGAGGACGGCUCCGCGAAUCGGCGCUGUGCGCUCUGUGCGCUCUGUGCUCAGAGUGUCGCGAGAGCCAACAGCUUCAAGCAGCAGCGAGACGCAGUGGAUGGGCGCGGGAAGCCCAAAAUACAGCUGAAAUCAAAAAGUCUCACCCACUUAGAUGGCCUCGACACGCCGGUGCCAGCCUGCCAGCACGGAGCUGCCGCACCCACGACCACCGCCGAAACCUUCACGACCCCAGGCAUGUCAGCGCCAACGGACACGCCUGGCCAGCAGACGCAAUCGGGGGAAUUUCGACAAGCCCCCAAGGUCUGCAAGCCGCAUCCACACACCACGCCCACAACUAUUCCACCGCCCACGAUUUAUACGCAGGCACCACAAUUUGUGCGCCGAUCGCCGUCCCUGAUGCUGUCCCCGAACAGCUGUCAGGCCGGCAUCGGCUCAGGUGCUCGCUGCAGCGUCAGCUCCGCCCAACAGCCGGCGUGCAGCAGUGCCACCGGAACAACUUACUUAACACCUACGUCUAAGAACUUGCAGAGCCAGACUUCCGAUAUUUUGCAAAGUUCGCCGAUCGGUUCAGGCUCUUCGAUACCAUAUAGUUACUAUGGCGGCUCUAAGACCGUCGCUUCAACGACCAUGACGUCAUCGUUAAUACAUCGUAAGAAACCGCUAUUAACACGCAGCGAGGUUUCAAGUUCAGAAUAUUUUUCGGUAUCCUUUUGCCUGGAAGCGUCGCCGUGUCCCGACGAGGAGUUUAUUCCGGCCACCAAAGGCACAACCUUACAAAAUGCACUGAGGCACAUGCUGCACAGGCGAAAUCUUAGCUUUUCACAGAUCAAAAUUACAGACAAUAUUCCCACUUUUAGCUACUUAGAUACAGGUCCAUCGAACAUGACAAGCCUUUUGGACGAGUAUACCGAUGUUGAGAACUUGGCUGGGCAUCAUCUUGUUAUUACGGAACGAGACAGCAGUCGUAAAUCUUUGCAAAAGGCAGCCUCCUUCGGCUCUCGACAGCGACCGCCGCGGCUUCUAUCCUCCGCCUCAACAGAGGAGACUAGUGAAUCGGGCAAUGCCACUGGCAAACAGAUACUUGGUCGUUGGUCCUCUAUAUUCGGUAUAAAAAACCCGCAGCAGAGUCAGCUCUAUGAUCUGCUCAAUAAUUAUGCCAAAAACGGUGUGCCCCAGCGUCCAGAUGCUUUUAGCUCCGAUAAUCCCGCGCUCGCCGACGCCCUGAACUAUCUGCAAAACAUGGACAAAUCGUGGCGGGACUUUGUCGACAGCAACGCGAUGAGUGAUAGCGAGAUUAAGAUACAAACUGCCAUAUGGGAGCUGGUCACCACAGAGGUCUAUUACAUUCACGCUCUGCAAACGGUUACACACCUCUUUCUUGCCUGCUUGGAGGCUGUGCAGGAGGAACGCCUGCUGACUGACGUCGACCAGCACAGACUGUUCUCAAAUGUACGAUCGGUGUGCGAGGCAAACAUUAAAUUUUGGACCCAAUGCCUCUAUCCAAUGGUAGCACACAGCAUAAGGACACACGAGCCACUGAGAUAUGCCUUUUUCCAAGAAGGUUUCAUAACAUUCGCUUCAAUUUUCGCGCCCUACAAGGUUUACUGCGCGGAGCAAAGUACGUGCCAGUUUUACUGCAAAGAGCUCAAUCAGAACAAUGCGCUUUUCACUGUAUACUUGGCCUGGUGUGAGUCGCAGAAGAUGUGCAAUCGCUUGCGGUUGGCCGACAUCGUUGUCCGUCCCAUGCAGCGCUUAACCAAAUACAGUCUCCUGUUGGCGGCCAUCAAGAAACAUAUGACUGAUGUGGAGGAUAUCGAAGUCAUGGACAUUAUGAUACACAGCGUGGAGAACUUUGUAGGCAGCGUCAACAACCACUUGACAAUGCGACAGGAGAGUGAGCGCCUCAAGGGUGUCAUGGCACGCAUCGAAUCCUAUGAUGUUGUGGACACUAACAACGAGGUGCUGGACAAGCUAAUCAAGCAGCAUAGUCAAAUGUUUGAUUUGUGCGCUCCCAUGCGCGGCUGUCCCGUCAACCAGGUGCGGCAUCUGUUUAUGGAGGGAGACCAUAAGUUCAAGGACAACGUCGGCAAAAGCGAUGUGCAUUGCUUUCUGCUGACUGACAUACUGCUCGUGUGCAAGGGCAUGGCCAAGAAGGGCCUGGGUGCGCUUAAGGUCAUACGCCAGCCAUAUCUGACCGAUCACUUGAUCGUGCAGCUCGCGCACAACAACACGCUGAACUGCGUUUACCUCAACGAGUUCCAGGUGCCCACCACAGGCUUUACGCUGCAGUGCAUUGAGGCCAAGAACUGGUACGAUGCCUUACGGCGCGCCAAGACCAUAUAUCUUAAGCUGAAGCAAGGCUAUGGAGGCGACACCAUACGCUACGGCGGCAGCGCCACUGGCGGUGGCACUGGAGAUUCCCUUCUUGUGCGCAAGUCGCCCAUUAACUCUUCGAUCGGCAGUCAUGUAUCGAGCGCGAACAACAGCCACAGCGGCAGUGUGGAGUGGAACGAUUCUCGGAAUAUAUCCGUCGAUUUUGAGAAGACUAACUCACUCUCCAGCGACGAGGGCUCCAGCCUAAUGGGUAAUCAAGGCCUAGCGUCCAAGGGCAAGCAGCAUUUGCUGAGGGGCGCACCAAAGCAAAAGAUUGGCACGAUUGCAUCGACAUCGGCGAAUACCCUAUCCGUACAGCCGUUAAACCAUUUGGGGCAGAGUUUGCCCAACCUGAACUUGCAACACAACCAAACUAACAAUACAUUACUUGUGCCGGGCACAACGACUAGUCACUCGGGUAACUUAUUGUUGUCGCCCAGUCAUCGCGGCAUUUCCUAUCCACCGCCGAGUCCAACUAGAGUGCCGCUGAAACGUGGCAUGGCAUUCUCCACGUCCACGAAGAACCCACCACUGCUGAAGACCCGCAAUAUCACAUCGCAGAACAGUAUUAAUUGGCAUCAGAUACCGGCCACGCCCACGCCGCCCAGUCCCCGAUCGCAACACAAUUCGCCCAGCAGUGCUGAUCCCAGGCUGCUGCAGAAACAGAUAUCCCAUCAGAUGCCCCUGCAAACGACCAAGCAGAGUAACUUGGACCUCCAGCGAAAUUUGAGCAAUGAAACGGACGUAUAAUGCGUCCCCUUGGCCAGCCACAGCUAAACGCUUAACAGUUUAGCUUAGAGUUAGAUAAUGGAAAACGAGAGGAGAACUAAUCCAUCGACGCUUCUUUAAAUAGAGUCGGUCAAUGUACAUAAUUGCUAAUACUGCACCUUUGGGUCCAAAUAUGAUACAAAUAUAAUCAGCAUUCCAUCUAAGUGCUACUACCCAUUCCCAUUGUCUAUCCAUAUAUAAGUCUAUAUAUGCACAAUAAUCAUAUAAAACAGAUAUACGAUUACAUUCAACGGUACUCUUCCAUGGAAAAGAAAACAUUAUAAGAUGAUAGUAAAACAACUAUUUUUAAUCA